AAGAGCACCUUGGAAUAAAUGUGACUCAGAUUUUGCACUUGCUACACUUGCCUUGGAAAGCCAUGGCUGCUGCCCCUCAUCUGAAUUCGGAUGCGCUCCGAGAGGUCCUGGAAUGUCCCAUUUGCAUGGAAUCCUUUACUGAGGAGCACCUGAGACCCAAGCUCUUGCACUGCGGGCACACGAUCUGCAAACAGUGCUUGGAGAAACUCCUGGCAAACAGCAUUAAUGGGAUCCGUUGCCCCUUCUGCAUCAAGAUCACACGGAUCACAAAUUUAGCUCAGCUGACUGACAAUCUUACUGUUCUGAAAAUCAUAGACACCGCAGGACUGGGGGAAGUGGUGGGUCUUCUCAUGUGCAAGGUUUGUGGCAGAAGAUUGCCCAGACACUUUUGCAAGAGCUGCAGCUUGGUUUUAUGCGAGCCCUGCAAGGAGACAUCACACGUGCCCCAAGGACACAGUGUCAUUGCCAUCAAAGAGGCUGCGGAAGAACGUAGGAGGGAGUUUGGGACAAGGCUUGCCAGGCUCCGGGAGCUCAUGGGGGAUCUGCAGAAAAGAAAAGCAUCUCUGGAGGGUGUCUCAAAAGACUUGCAGUCGAGAUACAAAGCCGUUCUGCAGGAUUACAGCAAAGAGGAGCGCAAGAUCCAGGAAGAACUGGCCAGGUCACGCAAGUUCUUCACCACCUCUUUGUCUGAAGUGGAGAAGGUAAAUAAUCAGGUAAUGGAGGAACAAGCCUAUCUGCUGAAUUUAGCAGAAGUGCAGAUACUGUCUCGCUGUGAUUACUUUCUUGCCAAAAUAAAGCAAGGAGAUAUAGCUCUCUUGGAGGAAGCAGCAGAUGAGGAAGAGCCAGAGCUGACGAGCAGUCUCCCAAGGGAGCUGACUCUUCAAGAAGUUGAGCUCCUCAAGGUGAGCCACGUGGGACCGCUGCAGAUUGGGCAGGUGGUGAAAAAACCUCGGACUGUUAGCAUGGAGGAAUCGCUCAUGGAAACUGCUGCGUCCUCAUCGGCAUCGUUUAGGGAGCCGGACUUGGUGCCGGAGGAAGCCAGCUGCACUCCCAGUUCCUCACCGGCAAAGCCAAGGGUGCCCGAAGCUGCGGCCAGCAUCCAGCAGUGCUACUUCAUCAAGAAGAUGGGCUCCAAGGGCAGCCUGCCCGGGAUGUUCAACCUCCCUGUCAGCCUGCACGUCACUCUCCAAGGAGAGGUACUCGUGGCAGAUCGGGGUAAUUUCCGAAUCCAGGUUUUCACCCGGAAGGGUUUUCUGAAGGAGAUCCGCCGGAGCCCUAGCGGAAUUGAUAGCUUUGUAUUAAGUUUCCUGGGAGCAGACUUGCCGAAUUUGACUCCCCUUUCUGUCACCAUGAACUGCCACGGCCUCAUCGGGGUGACCGACAGCUACGACAACUCUGUGAAGGUGUACACCAUGGACGGCCACUGCGUGGCCUGUCACCGCAGCCAGCUCAGCAAGCCCUGGGGCAUCACGGCCCUGCCCUCCGGGCAGUUUGUGGUGACCGACGUGGAAGGGGGAAAGCUCUGGUGUUUCACAGUGGACCGUGGUGUCGGGGUGGUCAAGUACAGCUGCUUAUGCAGCGCGGUGCGCCCCAAGUUCGUUACCUGUGAUGCUGAAGGGACCAUAUAUUUUACUCAAGGGCUGGGACUCAACCUGGAAAACCGCCAGUACGAGCACCACUUGGAAGGAGGCUUUUCCAUUGGCUCCGUGGGGCCAGACGGGCAGCUGGGACGCCAGAUUAGCCACUUCUUCUCGGAGAACGAGGAUUUCCGGUGCAUUGCCGGGAUGUGCGUGGACGCCCGGGGAGACCUGAUUGUUGCCGACAGCAGCCGUAAAGAAAUUCUCCAUUUUCCCAAAGGAGGCGGCUACAAUAUCUUAAUCCGGGAAGGCCUCACGUGCCCGGUCGGCAUUGCCAUUACUCCCAAAGGGCAGCUCUUAGUGCUUGACUGUUGGGAUCACUGCAUUAAGAUCUACAGUUACCACCUCAGAAGGUACUCCACUCCCUAAAGGCCCUGCUGGAUGCAAAGCCU